AUAAUGACGUAUAGGCAAAUCAGCGCUGAAGUGUUUCUUAUCAGUUUUAAUAAUCUAGAUGCGUUAUUAAUCCUUGAGACUAGCUAUAGGCUGAUAUUAUAUUUCAUAAAUCCAUGCCAAUGCCAAUGGGAUCAGUGAUUUGGUCAGUUCUCCUUCUAGGAGGAUGUCUGAUUGUAAAUGUGUCUGGUCAGACAACCAUUAGGUCUUCUCUGCAAUCAACAAACAGAAUGUAUGUUUGUCCAGAAGAGAUUGUUACCUAUGUCUGUAUUGGAACUGGAGAUCAAAUUAGGCUAUCAGCACCACCAUACAUUACUGUGUCCCUUCCUUUGUCAUAUGCGCGUGGAGACACUCUCGGAUUAGGAAGAAUAGGAAAUGGCCCUAUUGUAUCAAAUCUUAUUUCGACUACUUCACCUUUGAUGGUAGCAGAUUUAAUAGUGCAAAAUUCUUCAUUGCCUGAGUUUUCUGUUCGUUGCACUGUUCUUUCACCUUCUGAUGAAGCUGUAGCUCAGCACAAACCUUCAGGUUCUCCUUUAGAUGUGAUUUCUCCUAUGAUUGGAUAUUUUUCCCCACCAAACGAAGGUACGGCUGGUGUGCGAGUUACCUGGACACCUAAUGAUGGAAACUAUGACCCUAGUCACUUCACGAUCCAGGUGUUUGACAGUAACACUAACACUGCAAUUAAAUCCAUCGCUAUUUCUGCAGAAAGCAAUAGUUUUGAAGCAAUACUUGCUGUACCCUUUAGUGCUCCCAUGGAUGUCUACGCAUGUGUAACAGUGAUGUCCAAGUGUAACCAGACAACCGAUGGAGUUAUGACGGACUCCAUUCGGAUCAAUAAAAGUAUAAAGACAGCAUACGUGUUCUGGGUACUCUUUUCAGCUGCAACAAUUGUCCUAACAAUAAUCUAGGUAUAUAUGCCUGUGAAUCAAAAUUUACAGGAACUAAUUUUCUGUGAUGUCCAAGAUUCUAAUAAUUACAGCUGUUAUACACAUAGUUUAGGUUAGGACUACAGGCUAGAUUUAUAAGCAAUUAAACCCUUAUAAUCGCUAAAUUUAUAAUUACAUGUUUACGUAUCUCUGUAUUCUGUAAUAAACAUCAUUACCAAGCACGUUGUCGACAGA